AUGUCAAAUUCUAAUACUCAACAACCUUUUUCUUGUGAAACUGAUGAUUUUGAACCUUCUGAACUUGGAACAAAGGAAUAUUGGGAAUCACGUUAUGACCAAGAAAAUAAAAUUUUUAAAGAUAUUGGUGAUAUUGCAAUCCUUGAUGUUGGCUGUGGAAAUGGACACCUACUUAUGAAGCUAGCGAGCCAUAAUUUUACAAAUUUAUUCGGAAUAGAUUAUUCAUCAAAUGCAAUAAAAUUAGCCAAUGAUGUUUCAAGAAGUCGUGGAUUUUACAACGUGAUUUCGUAUCGUGUCGCUGAUUUAUUUAGUGAGGACGUAUUACGUAUCAUCAAUGAUACUGAUGGUUCGGAUAACGUACAAAAGUUCGAUUUUAUAUUGGACAAAGGCACUUUUGAUGCCAUAAGUCUCUCUUCACAACGAACGUCUACAAAUCAACUUUUGAGUGACAUUUAUUCUACAAAAAUCCUUUCUUUACUUAAUCAAAAUGGAUAUUUUUUGAUUACAAGUUGUAAUUUUACUAAAGACGAACUGAUAGAAAAAUUCAAUGGCGGUAAAUGCGAUAUCUUAAUAAAUGGAGAUGAUGCUGAAGCUGAAAAUUUGGG